GCGACUGCUUCCGGUUGCGGUGCUCAGCUGGCGAGUUUUGGUUCCGGUUCAUGUGGGAGUCCAGAGGUGUAUAUAGCGGAUCGAGCAGGCGGAGGAGGGUCCCCUAGCGAGGGAUGCUGAACAGAGAUGGAGGCCCACGCUGGCUUGUGGAUGUGGAGCUGGCUCCCCUGCCUCCUCCUGCUGUGCCAGGUCCAUACAGCGACAUCGGGGGACUGCAAGGGGCAGAGGACAGUGCUGCGCAGUGUGCCGGGAUUUGUAAGCGACGGCCCAGGAAACUAUUCCGUGAACGGCAACUGUGAAUGGUUGAUAGAAGCACCCAACAGCAAUUACCGCGUGUUGCUGCGAUUUCUGUUCAUGGAUACAGAGUGUACCUACGACUACCUCUUUGUGUAUGAUGGAGACUCCUACAGUGAUCCUCUGCUAGCUAGCCUGAGUGGGAGCAGCCUGCCCCCCACCCUGGAGGCCACGUCUGGAAAGAUGCUUCUUCAUCUAUUCAGCGACGCAAAUUACAACUUGCUGGGCUUUAACGCCACAUACAGCUUCUCCUUGUGCCCGCAAGGUUGCUCUGGACAUGGAAGUUGCCAGGAAAACAGCCUAUGCUUGUGUGACUCGGGAUGGGGAGGAGAAGGUUGUCAGGUGCCGGACUGCAGCACCUACUGUCACCAUCAUCACGGGAUUUGUAACCAGGAGACUCAACGCUGUGUCUGUUUUCCCGGGUACAUGGGGGAACAAUGUGACCUAUCCCUUACUGAUAACCAGGGAUCUGGAACCUGGUACAAUGUAAGCAGUCAGGAUCCAGCCUUCAGCCCUCGCACCGCUGCCGCUGGAGCCUUUCUGCCCCCAACCAAUGCUCUUUAUAUAUUUGGAGGUUUGGAUCUGAAUUCUGCUCUUCAGGAUAUGGCCAUUUAUAACUUCACAUCAAACACCUGGGAGAGAAGGACCUAUCAUCCGAGCCCGUCUGCUCGCCAUUCCCACGUGGUGGUGGAGUGGAAUGGUACACUGAUUCUGUUUGGUGGGGAGUUACCGGGAGGAAAGCUGACCGAUGACACCUGGGUGUUUCUGCCUUUGGAAGAGCGAUGGAUGAACCUGACCCGCUACAGUGACAUAAAGCCCCCUCCUCUAGCUAACCACGCUGCGGCAACUGUGGAUAACUGGUUGUAUGUGUUCGGAGGCCGCACAGCUCGAGAUAUCUUUUCUUCAGAGAUGUAUCGUUUCAAUCUCCAUUCCUGGGAUUGGGAGCAGGUCCUUCCAGCUGGAGGGAAGCCACCGGCUGCUGCUGGUCAUUCCAUGGUGUUCCAUUCUACUUCCCGAACUUUGGUGGUUUAUGGUGGUCACCGACCAUCCACUGCAAGAUUCAGCAUACGUGUAAAUACCACAGAUUUGUUCCAUGUGGAUUUAAAUUAUUGGACUACUCUGAAGCCACGAGACGGUAACCGUGGUGGGCCCCGUGAGAGAGCAUUCCACAGCUCCACUGUUAUCGGGAACUAUAUGGUUAUUUAUGGUGGAAAUCUGCACAUUCACUACCAGGAGGAGAAGUGUUACGAUGAGGAAAUUUUCUUUUACCAUCUCGGCUGUCACCAGUGGGUGCCCAGUGAUAUUCUGAGGCCGCCACCUAAUCAGGGCCAUCAGAGUUUGGGCAGUGGGCGGUACUCUCAUGUCGCGGCUCUGAUGAAAGGAGGGGUACUUUUGGUGGCAGGAGGAUACAGCGGUACUCCCCGUGGAGAUCUGCUUGCCUACAAAGUGCCUGUUCCGGGGUCUGUGUACCAGCCGCCAGUGCAGGAUUAUCACCUGGACUACUGCUCCAUGUACACGGAUGAGACCAUUUGUUCCAAGGAUCCAGAAUGCACCUGGUGUCAGACAAGCUGCCAGACCCCUCAGCCUAACAAAAUUUGCCCGGACAAGAGCUGCCUAGGCCUGGCGAGACUCCUCUCUGAUUGUCAAUCAUGUCUGGCAUUCAGCUCCAACCUGACCACCUUCUCCCACGUCCCGCGCUCCUUUGGCUGGUGUGUCCAGAAUGAAACCUGUAUGCCAGUUUCAGAACGUUCAAACUGUCGUGUAGGUCAGAUUUCAGGCACAUAUGGUUGGUGGGGCACCCAUAACACCUUCAUCACUUCUCUGGAUGAUUGCCGAGUCAACAACUUCUUGCCUGGACUUCACCUAAUCACCUAUCAGCAGCCACGCAACGAGUCUCAGCCUGACCGGGUGUCGAUUGUGCGCAGCACAACCAUUACAUUAAGUCCCAGCACAGAGAUGGAUGUUUCUCUGGUGUAUAAAGGAUUCAUAUACCCCAUGCUGAGCACAGGCUCCUCCCCUGAGCGCGUCUCCAUCUGGGCUCGCAUUCAGCGCUUCUAUGUUGUGGCCCGCCUCGGGCGGUACCCUGGAAGCACACAGAUACUGGAGGAAGUGGGCCGCUGGUCAGUACACCAGGAUAAGGAGAGGCGAGCUCUGCAGAGAAACAGCGGAGAGCGUCUGUUUCCUAAUGCAGAACGGGGAAGCCGCUAUGCAGUGCAGAUUGAAGGCUAUCUCAAUAAUACAGGAAACGGACACACGAGUGAACUGAGCUUGACAUGGGACCGUACAGGGGUCCAUGGUGGAAGUGAGAUCUCUUUCCUAUUCCUGGAACCUCAUCGCUCUGAUGACUGUACCUACCUUUCCUGCUUGGCCUGCCUGGCAGACCAGAGCUGCGGUUGGUGCUCCAAGACCCGCACGUGUCACCACAGGCUAGGUGUGGAUUGGGCAAAAUUCUGUCAAGACACGCCCCUGAUUCUGUCGCCGAGCCACUGUCAGUUGUGCGAGGAAUACCGUGACUGCGAGGCCUGCAGCAAUGACCAGUUCUGCGAAUGGCAAAUACACAGCAGCAAGAAAGGAGACUCUCUGUGCAGCCGCAGAGGAAGAGUGAGCGGUUCUAUAAGAGCUCCCCAGGAAUGCCCCCGCGCCUGCAAUCGGCGUAGGACAUGCUCUGAAUGUCUUUCUAACUCCAGUCACUGUGCAUGGUGCCAGUCUACUGAAAGCUGCUUUUACUUUGCUGCUUAUCUGGCAAAAUAUCCGUAUGGUGACUGCAGGGACUGGUACGACAGCGUCCACUCUGUGCCCCAGUGUAUGGAUUGCUCCAGGUUUAACACCUGCCGGGAGUGUUUGCAAAACUUUGAGUGCGGCUGGUGCGGGAAUACUGACAACCCGACCUUGGGGAGGUGCUUCUCUGGGGAUUACUCUGGCGUUCGGGGAUACGCUUCAUGUUACAGGGCUCUGACGCUCGCUGGACUCCCACCAGAACCUGCUCAGUGGUCCUAUGCUUAUUGCCCAGAUGUGGAUGAGUGCAGGCUGGGGAUGGCCACCUGUCACAAAUAUGCCACCUGCAGAAACACUCCCGACUCCUACGAGUGUCACUGUGACCGUGGAUAUACUGGCGAUGGCGUCGCUCACUGCAAUCAAACGUGUUACAACGAGUGCUCCCAUGGCUCUUGCAGCGGGCCUCCAUUGUUCGCCUGUCUGUGUGAUCUCGGAUGGACUUCUAACAGCACAACUGUGACAGAAAGUGGCGUAGAGUGCAGCGUGGACUGUGAAUGUAACUUCCACAGUACCUGUGCUCAUGGACCAGGAAUCUGCGAUGCUUGUCAGGAUUGGACACAAGGGGAACAUUGCCAGGAGUGCCAACCUGGCAGCUUUGGAAUUGCCACACAGAAGCCGGGGUGCCAGGAAUGUGCCUGCAACAAACACGGGACCCCUGAAAUGGGCUAUUGUGACCGAGAGACGGGUGUGUGCUACUGUACAGACAACACUCAGGGAGAACACUGCGAAAAGUGUGCACCCGGGUACUAUGGAGACCCUAGGACUGGUGGGACUUGUUAUCUUGAAUGCCAGGGCCGCCAGCUGCUUACCAACGUGUCUUCCUCCGCUCUGGGAUCUCCCGGCGGCUCAUAUUGUCUGUGGGUGCUGAACGUAUCUUCUCACUCGGAGCCCUGCCACCCCGAGGACAACUGCCCGAGGCUCAGCUUCAGUCUGCAGCCGGACUUCAAUAUCCCAUGCACGCACAGCUAUGUCUAUGUGUUUGAUGGGAAUCCGGCCUUCCUGGAUACGGGGCUCCUGCAGUCGGAUCGCAGCUUGCUCGGAGCUUUCUGUGGACGUGGACGGGGUGAAGCGCCAUUGACUGUUGAGGCAACUACAGGGAUCCUUGUGGUGUAUUAUGAAGCAAACAACACAGAGCCCUCCGGCUUUAAUGCCACUUACUCUGUGCAUGAAUGUCACCCACCUUGUGAACCCAACAAAGUGUGCCUGGGACAGAGCUGUGUCUGCAAGAGCCCGCUGUCCGGCCCUUACUGCCUGCGCAAUGUCUGUCCCCGGAACUGCUCCGCUGAAGUUGGCAGAGGCGUCUGUAACCAGACCCUCGGCGUGUGUUUCUGUUCUCCUGGUUAUGCCGGAGAUGACUGCUCAGUCUAUCUAGACUCUGGGAAGAUUGUGUGGGAAAGUCUCAUGGACCCUCAACUGACGGCAGAUACAGCAAGUCGCUUUCUGCACCGCCUCGGACAUACCAUGGUGGACGGCCCAGAUAAUACUCUGUGGAUGUUUGGGGGGCUGUCAUUACGGGACGGAGUGCUGGGCAGCGUUUAUAGAUAUUCUGUGUCUGAACGCCGCUGGACACAGAUGUUGGCUGGAACCGAGGGAGGAGGCCCUGGACCCAGUCCUCGAUACUUCCAUGCGGCUGCUUAUAAUCCCGUCCGUAAUGCCAUGUAUGUUCUGGGAGGCCUAACAACCUAUGGAGCCUACAGUGACUUCUGGGUGUUGAACCUCACUACUCUGCAGUGGCGGAGAGAUUUGGAUCCUCUCUUGCCAGCGGUGGCCGGUCACACCCUCACUUCACGUCGGGGGUCAUCCUUGGUACUGAUUGGUGGAUACUCCCCUGAGAACGGCUUCAAUAACCGCGUGUUGGAGUACAACAUUGAAUUGGAGAUCUGGAAAGUGGGACACCAUACAGGCACGCCACCCACCGGUCUGUAUGGUCAUUCCACUGUAUAUCAUGAAGCUACCGAUGCCUUCUACGUGUUUGGUGGACAUCGGUUCCAUGUGGAGGCUGUGACACCCUCUCCUGAGCUUUACAGUUUAUAUUAUCCUAACCUGACUUGGAGCUUGCUCGCCCCCUCUCAGGGAAAAAAGCCUCUUUCGCACUUCUUCCAUGUUGCUGCGGUACUGAAGGACACCAUGGUUGUAGUCGGCGGCCGAACAGAACAGCAGGAGUACAGCAAUGAGAUUCUGUUCUAUCAGAUCCACUGCAAUUCCUGGAUAAGACCCAACAAGACUGAUGUAGUCCUGGGGGUGCCAUUGAAUGAGUCCAUAGGCCAUGCAGUUGCUGUGGUUGGAAGUCGGCUUUACCUCUCAGGCGGGUUCAAUGGCGUUGCUCUUGGACGGAUGGUGACACUCUCUGUGCCCUCGGACCCCUGCAUGUUGUUCAGCACGCCGUCGUCUUGUAAUCAGAGCUCAGCAAGUUGUGUUUGGUGCCAGCAAAGCUGCAUGUCGGCCGACAUUGCUGAAAGGCAUGGCUGUCUCCAACCCCUCUGCUCAUGCUUCCCGUUGCCAAGAUCUGCAGAUGAUUGCAGAAGGUUGAAGACCUGCAGCGAGUGUCUGGCACAGCACCCUCGCUCCAUGAGUGCCCAGCUAACUACGGGAGCCCCACGCUGCAAAUGGUGCACAAACUGUCCAGAGGGAGCGUGCAUUGGCAGCGAUGGAAGCUGCACUUCGGAGAACGACUGUCGUAUUAAUCAACGGGAGAUCUUCCUGGCCAGUAACUGUUCUGAGAUCUCAUGUGAGGCUUCUGAUUGCCAAAAGUGCAUUGCAUCAGGAAAGUGCAUGUGGACCCGUCAGUUCAAACGUACAGGGGAGACCCGGCGGAUCCUCAGUGUCCAGCCAACAUACGACUGGACGUGUUUCAGCCACUCAUUGCUCAAUGUCUCUCCUAUGCCUGUGGAGUCUUCCCCACCUCUUCUUUGUCCCACUCCUUGCUACAAUCACAGCACAUGCAAUGAGUGCCUCAGCUCCAAGGGGGCAGACGGCGGCUGGCAGCAGUGUGUGUGGAGCGUCGCGCUGAAACAGUGUAUGAGUCCCACAUUCCUUCCAAUGCGCUGCGCCGCCGGUGCAUGCGGAAGAGUCCUGAGUGGUACAGAAAGCUGCUCUCCAUCCUGCUCCCGCCACACCCACUGUGCUGCCUGCAUCCAGCAUCCCCGCUGUGGCUGGUGUGCCCGCAAAGAAGGCAAUGGAGAAGGAAGAUGUAUGGAAGGAGGACCCAGUGGACCCACACAAGGUAUGGGGGAGCAGUGCAGUUCUAGGGAGUCCGAUUGGGCUUUCAUGUCCUGCCCGCCUGAAAACGAGUGUCUAAAUCAACAUCACGACUGCAACGAGACUCAAAACUGCAGCGACCUCCUUCACGGAUUUAAGUGCACAUGCAAGAAAGGCUACACCCUGCACACGAUUACAGGUCUGUGUCACCCUGUCUGCGAACACGGCUGCGUUAAUGGAACCUGCGUGGAGCCAAACAGCUGCCGCUGUGACUUUGGCUACGUGGGAGAGAACUGCUCAGUGGCCUGCCGGUGUAAUAAGCACAGUGACUGUGAGGGGCUCGGAAUGGAAGAUGUGUGUAAGCAGUGCCACAAUAACACAAUGGGAGAGCACUGUGAAAAGUGUAAACCCCUCUUUGUGGGAUCGGCUAUUAACGGAGGCACGUGCCGGCCCUGUCUAGAUUUCUGCCGCGGGAACAGCGAAGUGUGCAUCACUAUGGAAGAGCAUGAGAAAGCCCUGAGGGAACCAGAGAAGUAUUCCUUGGAUCCAGAGAAGAUCCCCACUUGGGUGACCCAGGGCCCCACAGAGGACACGGCUGUCUGCGUGCAUUGUCAGAAUAACAGUCUUGGAGAUAAGUGUGAAGGCUGCCUGCCCGGAUACUUCCUCCUGGAUAAACGCUGCACCAAAUGUCAGUGCAAUGGACACGCGGAUACUUGCAAUGAGCUUGAUGGCACAAAUUGUCCUUGUAGUAACAACACAGAGACCCAGAAUUGUCAGAACAGUCCCCAGAGUGACAAGAAGGAGUGCUACAAAUACCAGUGUGCGAAAUGCAAGGACUCCUUCCAUGGUAAUCCAGUGAACGGCCGCCAAUGUUACAGACUCAUGACCGUAGAACAAGAGUACUGCUUUGACCCAACAUCUCAGAAUAACUGCUUCCAUGAGCCCAAUAUCCAAAACUUGCCUUAUGGCCGCAGUGUCUUUUUUGGCGUCCAGCCCAAGUUCACCAACGUGGAUAUUCGAGUCACCGUCGAUGUGACUUUUGGCUGCGUAGAUGUGUUUGUUUCCACCUCCCCAGACAGUUUUGCCAUUGAGGUUGACCCGGUAACGGGUGUCCACUUUGUCAGAGUGUACAGGUUAACAGAUAACGAUGUUCCUGGAGGUCCAGAGCCACUUACUGUUGCGUCAGUCAAUAGUAGUCGAUUGUAUACCAUUAACCGGUCGAGUUGGCUUCGCGAAGAGCGUCCAAAAGGACUGAUUACCUACAUUACAGUUCGCAAUCAGCAGACAGUUCUGAUAGUUCGGGGCGUCAGAGACCGCGUGGUCAUCACGUACCCUCACGAGCUCCACACGCUGAAAAACAGUCGCUUUUACCUCCUGCUUUUAGGCAAUUCAUCUGCAGGAUUUGGAGAAUCACAAGGCUUGCUUUUCUUCCGUCAAGACCAAGCACACAUAGACCUCUUUGUCUUCUUCUCCGUGUUCUUCAGCUGCUUUUUCCUAUUCCUGUCGGCAUGCGUCUUGCUCUGGAAAGUAAAACAGUGGCUCGAUGUAAGGAGAGAGCAAAGACGCCACCUGCAGGAGAUGAGCAAAAUGGCAAGCAGGCCAUUUGCCAAAUUGACGGUCUACUUCCACCCGGACGUCGAGAUGGUUGGAUGUCACCCUGGAGGACCAGUCCUACCAUCGCUUCAACAUCACCACCAUCAUCACCACCACCACCAUCGCUCCAAACCAAGAGUGAAAUCCUACGACCCGUCAACUCCUCAACCGCCCUCGUUACGUCACUCCGAUCCAUUUUUGUCUCAGCUGUUGGGAUAUACCUACUGCAACUUUAGAGUUGGACCCAUCACAUUAGAACCCACAGAUGACGGCAUGGCUGGUGUCGUCACUUUACUGUUGCAGCUGCCUGGAGGAGCCCAGGCCCCUAACAGAGCCUGCUUGGGAUCAGCCCUUGUAACUUUACGCCACAACCUUCAGGAAUACUGCGGCCCCAGCCAUGUGGUCAGCAGUUCCCGCAAGGGACUUCUCAGCCAUGAAAACCUCACUAGCAUGUCCCUUUAAAGGUGGAUCUAUGGUAGUAGAGACAGCAACCACAGACUAUAAAAAAACAGUGCCGUGACACUCCGAUAAGCCGAAAACAGCUCUUCUGUUUCACCACUGUGUGCGAGAAAGAACAAAAAAGACUGCAAAGGACUAAGUAAGGGCGUAAUAGCCUAAGCCUGAGUACGAUGAACAAACUGCAUUAUGAACUUUUUUUUUAUUCAAGGGGGGGUGGGGUUAUUUAUGAUGGUUUAGUGCAAUGUGAUUUUUGUUUUUUAAAUGGGGGUCUGGGUGGGACUUAACAAAACACUGCUUCAUAGGUCAGUAUUUCACAUAUUCCUAGCUGCUGUCUGUCUACAACUCUUGUGAUCAAGGCUUCUUCUAGGGAAACCCCUCAAAACAGAGCAGAUGAAGAUGUGGCGUCUGUGGUUCCUUGGCUGUUGUGACACUUCACAUUCCAUUUUGUAUCACCAGCUAGACACUACAAAUUCAAACACUUAGGCCCUGUAC